CCAGUAAAUCAAAGUACCAGAAAAAACUAAUUUGUAAAAUUUUACCUUUACUUUUUAAACAAUUUCUGACAAACAACUGAAUCGAUUUUGUCCGGUUUGGGGUACAACACGAUAUCAAAGAAUCCGUGUAUUGUGAUGAGCACAGAAACAAUGGCUGGUGCCACACAAGAAAACCAUGUGGAGGAAAACGAAAAUAUGCAAAUGAAGUUGCACAAUAAAGGAAUGAUGUUGACAAGAGCAUGGACAGAACUCUUUAGUUUUAUAACAAUGUACCAGGCAGAAUUAACUGUAAAAGAAAAUGCCAUGGAGAUUGCCGAGAAAGAAAUAGGUAUUCGAAAAAAGCAGCUUGAAAGUAUCAAAUCGUCAGGUGAUGCAGAAAGUGAAGAGAGACAAAUAUUACGUGAUGAAAUUGAUUCAAAAGAGAAACAGUUGACAAAAAGCCAAUCAGAUCUUUUGAUAAAGGAACGUUUGCUACAAAGAGUGGAAUCGGAUUUAUCCAGUAAUGCAGAACUUUUAGAACAAUCGAAAUAUGAUCUGUUCAAUCGACAGGAUGAAUUGGUGCGAUGUAAAACUGAUUUAGAACGUUUGAAAUCUCAAUUGACUAUAAAAGAAGACCAGAUACGAAUCAAAGAUACUCUGUUAAUGAAGUUAGAACAUCAGCUUAUGAAGGAGAAUUCUGAUCUCAAGGAACAGUUGUAUUUGGAAAAGAAAGCCCAUCAGAAUACGAAGAUGAAUUUAAGAGAUAGUCAACAAGUUUUUGGUCAAUCAUCCUCAUCACCUUCCGCAAUGAAUCUCCCAGAAUUUCAAACUGCCAUGGACCUCUCAGUUGAACAAGAAGACUUCCAACCCUCGAGUGUUACAGUGACAUCUAAUCAGAUAUCUGGUAUCGAUCAUGCUCAGCCAACUGGAGAUACGAUUUCCAUGUCAAGAAAACCACAUUCCAGAUCCUCAUUCCCCAUUUACAAGCAUCAGAAAAGGAUGGGACCAAGUGCCAAAUGGUCGAACUGUAACUCAAGACCAACAGCACUUUCUACCAGAACAAGGUCUUUCAGCACUGGUUUAUCUGGGCCUAAUGACACUCCAGAUGAUUCCAUUCCAGCUCGAGAGAGUGAUGUUUUCUUCCCACUACAAUUGUCACCAGAAGAAGAUUCAAAGGAGGGAAUCUUAGCUUCAACAUUCCAAAGUGACUCAGAAAUAACAAAACCGGUGCCUAUCUCCCAGCCUUUUCAAAGUGAGCACCUGAUGAGCACAAGUGCCAGCGGCGGUUUAGAUGCUUCAGCCUUGGUGACACCUCAUCAGAUGGAUUCCUCUUCUCAGUCUGACAAUGAAAAGUUAUCAAAUAGAUGGCCAGACUCGGCUCCCAGACAGACAGAAGGGUCGGUAGUCAGUUUGUCUCGGACUUGUGAUAUCUGCUGGAAGCCGUUUCUAACAAAAAUGGAAUUAAAGUUUCAUAUGGCACAACACAAACAAGAGGGCUACACGUACCAGUGCAAUAUUUGCUCGAGACUUUUCAAUAAUGCAGCUCACCGGACUAGGUGAACGGGACAAAUUUGGCAUCAAACAGGGUGAAUAUGACCUGAUGUGUCCAAUCUGUGCUGUUCUCAAGGAAUCCAAAGCCGAGCUUGACAUCCACAUGAUGGACCACACGGAAGAGAAACGAUUUUGUUGCCACAUCUGCGGACGGCGAUUCAAAUUCCGAGGUGCCCUGAGACGCCAUAUCAAUGGAUUGCACAACCAGAUUAGAAGACACAGAUGUGAAAUAUGUGAUCGGGGUUUCAAUGCCGCUCACAAUCUUAAGUUCCAUCUGUUGACGAAACAACAUCGCCUUAAAGCGCUGUGUCAAUAUCGAGAGAACCGACCAGAUACUAAUGUGACCACAGACUGAAAAAUGUAUGACACUGCAAGCCUUGAUUUAAAGGCCUACGUUGUUCAUUAAAAAUGUUGAAUUUGUAAUUGAAUUUAAAAAUGUCCAAUUGCGAAAAUACAUACUAAAUAUAAAUGUCAACAUUGCCGUUGUGUAGACUGAUAUACAAAUACUAUGAAUACCAAGUUUAAAGAAAUUUGUAUUCAUAAUAACUGCACUACGGCAUUGUGUAUUAGUGCAUUUCUAUUUAACUUGACCACAAGUGAUUACGAACGGCGUACCCCUUUAAAUGGCCGGGCAGCAAACCUUGGUUUGACGGACACCAAUCACUCUGUUACACAAGUUUAAGCUGUAAGACCUAUCACCCGGUACAUUUUCCAUAUGUCGGACUUGAAAUGAGUGGUGGAGGUCACCCGAAAAAAAGUAGUAUGACAGAAAGGCUUGCAUAGGAUGCUAAAUUUCUGGUCAAUGCAAGAUAACCUGCAAUUUUGAAAUAUUCUCAGAAAGUUGGAUCUCUGUACAAAAACUCCACCCCAAACCUUUGGCCAAUGCACAUUAGUUUUGGCCCUUCGUUGUGUAGCUCCACUCAUCCCUCAGAAUGGUAUUUAUUUAUUCUGGGUUUUGUGAUCUCUUGAAAUGGAAUAAAUAGUUUUUAUG